AUGAAGUAUCUUCUCGGGGCCACUUUAGCCACUUUGGCUACCGCGGCGUCUUCGUCUGCCCCUGCGUCUGCGCCAACUGGUGCUACCUAUGCAUCCGGUUUUGACAUGAAAAAGCACUGGGCAAAUCUGAGCCCAUACAAGGACGCUGAUAGCUUUGGCGUUCCAAGUGGCGUACCGGAAGGUUGUGAAUUGUCUCAGGUGCAUGUUCUCCAUCGCCAUGCUGAGCGCUUUCCCACCGAUUACCCUCUUGAUGGAGAGGGUAUGCAGGACUUUGCGGCCAAGGUGACCAAUUACUCCAGGAAGCACCCUAGAAAGGCUGUGGGCACUGGCCCUCUGCAAUUCCUCAACAAUUGGAACUAUGUCCUUGGCUCGGAUAUCCUAAUGGAGACUGGUGCUGCCACCGAGGCUACUUCUGGUGCCCAUUUCUGGACCAAGUACGGUCGGCUCUUGUACCGCACCGACAAGAGCACUGUGGCUGCAUGGGAUUCAUCUCUAAAUGUCUGGCCCAAUGGCACUUCUCGCCCAAAGCCCGUUUUCCGUACCACUUCGCAGUCUCGCAUCUUGGAGAGUGCUCGCUGGUGGCUCAGUGGAUUCUUUGGCAACAGCGGCGCCAACAGCUCUUACAGUCAGUAUGAUCUUGUUAUCAUCCCCGAGGUGGACCCAUUCAACAACACCUUGGCCUCUUACGACUCUUGCCCCGGUGACAUGACCGAAGGUGACGACGCUGCUGAAAUCUUCAUCGCUCGCUACACUCAAGAUGCUCGCUCUCGCUUGUCGGCCUACUUCCCCAGUGACUUCAACGUAACAGCUUCCGACGUGCUCGCUAUGCAGAACAUUUGUGUUUACGAGUACACUAGCCUUGCUGGCUCAUCCUUCUGCUCCCUGUUUACUGAACAGGAAUGGAAGGACUUUGAGUACAACAUCGACGUGCAAUACUACGGAGACUACGCCUACGGCUCCCCCACUGGCCGCGCCCAGGGCAUUGGCUACGUUGUCGAACUUGCCGCUCGUCUCCAGCAGAAGCUACUCACCUCCAGCGAUACCAGUGUCAACUACACCUACGACAACAACGAGAAACAGUUCCCCUUCGGCCAGCCCUUCUACAUGGACAUGUCCCACGAUGACAUUAUCCUUUCCGUCAUCUCGGCUCUUGGCCUCGAAUACUUCAACUACGGGCCCAAAGGUCUGCCAUUCCAGUUGGACCACGCCCCCAAGCGCACAUUUCACCUUAGCGAGAUGACUCCUUUCGGUGCUCGCUUCAUGUCUGAGAUCUGGACUUGUCCUUCCAACACGAGCUUUGAUUCUUUGGACCCUGUUCUCUACACUAACCCUGAGCUGGGCUCAAAUAGUACCAAGGAUUACAUCCGCUUCGUCCUGAACAAUGCUCCUGUGCCCAUGCAGGGUCUUGUUGGUUGCAAGCAUGCCAAGAAUGGGUUCUGCCUUGUUGACAAGUUCCUGGAGGGUGUUCCCAACCUGAAAGAGAAGGCCAUGUACCAGACGGCGUGCUUCGGUAACUACACCACUGGAAGCCAGGUUGGCGAUGGCGCUCCUGGCUCUUGA